AUGUGUUUAUUGUUGCGUCUGCAUGUUCUUAGUUUUAUUAUUGCUGCCACCAAUGGUUCAAGUUGUCCAAAUCGACAAUUUAUCGAGAAGGCUUUCAAUAAAGUUCAUAUUCCAGGUGCCGUAAUUAUUGUAGUCAAUGCUAGUGAUAUACUCUACGAACAAGCUUUUGGUUACCAGUCUCUUUCACCAGCAGUGUCUAUGGAUGUCGAUAAGUCGAUUUUUAUUCUCGCCUCUAUCUCAAAGACAUUUAUUGGAGUUGCUGUCAUGCAACUUGUCGAGAAAGAACUUGUUGAUCUCAACACAGACACCAACCAAUAUUUGUCGGAACCUCACUAA